GCACGCUUAGCAACACUGCACCGGUCACUUUCACACUUGACAGGCACCUUUUUUUUUUACGGAUGUGUGUUUUGUGGAUUAUUCCUAUUAAUAAUUGUAAAAUUUCUGUACAUAUUGUGAAAGAAAUCUGGACUCAAACCGAGUGCAUUUUAGAAACCUUUAGUGAAAUAAACGAAUCCACGACACGGACAUCACAGAAGCAGCAGAAGCCAUUUAUAUAUAUUUUAAAGGUGUGCAUCGAACUUCCAGAAGGAGACACUAUGAUGAGGACUUCGGAAACGUCAUUUUGAGGCAGAUUUCAAAAAUAAUUAUAAAAAACCCACCCCGAUCUGUUCCAUUCGGGUUUCCAACAAGCCUCAUUUCGGAGAUUUUCUGGGUCCGUCAUCAGGCGUUCGGUUUGCCGUCAAGCCUUUGCUUUCUUAAAGUGACAGACAGAGGUACCGAACACACACCAUAUUCUUUAGCAGUCUGUGUGUACGUACGCACAUAUAUCUGGAUAUAUGUCGUUUGGAUCGUGACGAGGCCGCAUCGGUAGCAAUGUCCACUGCCCUGGCAGCGGCAACGGCAAUGGCAGCGGCAUCCUCGAGUGCCGCACCAGCAGCAACGACCGUCAGCAACACCACAAACACCACGAACACCACCAUAGUCACAGCCACAGCGUCGCCGGCAACAAACAACAACAGUAGCAACACCACUACCAUUACCACCCAUUCAGCCAAGUCUACAAUCACGGCGGGAAUCCUUGAGCCAGUCGGAGGGAUUGUAGUCGAGUCGCAGGAGUAUCAGGCGGAGCAAGUGCCGCCGAACUACGAGCACAGCCUGGAGACGCCGGAUCACCAGUUAAUAUUGAACAGUGCUCCGAAGCCACGGCGUCAGCGCAGGACCACAGUGGUGCACACAUGCCCCAGGCCACCGGGUGGCUACAGGUACUCCAUGGAAUUUCUUUACGGGAUCGGCAGUUGUAUGGCCGGCACCACCCUGAAUAUAGCUACGCCUCUGUCGAUAACGCCCCGCAGUGUGAGGACCACGCCCCCCUCGCUGGCCACUCGCAUGCCUCUGCUGACCACAAUGGGGAUGCCAACCUCUGCAUCGCCCCGUCCCAUCGAUAGUAAUCUUCCGAGGAAUCGUUACGCCAUCGGCGUUGUGGGGCCAGGAUCUCCAGGAGGACUCGCUGCAGUUUCAACGGUACCAGCAGCAUCGCCGACUACGACCACUGUGACUGCCACACCCGGCACCUCGACUGGAUCGCCUUCCACGGGUGUCCUGGCCGCUGGUUCCCCCGGAGCUCUGCCAGCAGCCCAAUUUAUAUACCAGGGAUAUUUGCCCAACGGACCACAGCGGCGCCUGUGGCAUGCGGAGAACGCGUUCUGGCAGUUCGACCGAAACUAUCCGUACAACCAGGGCUAUGCCUCACAAUACGGAAUACCCAUGAUGCCAGUGGGAUUCGAGCAUCCGUAUGGUAGUCAGCGUAUCAUAUAUCCUGGCUACUACAGCCAGGCCUCCGGGCCAUUCCAUGCUGCUCCUGUGCCGGGCAUACCAAGGGUCAGUCGCCACGUGGCCACCACUCCUCAGCAGCAACAGCCGAAGCAGCAACAGCAACAGCAGCAACAGCAGCAGCAGCAGCAACAGCAGCAACAGCAGCAGACUCCGGCGGCACAGCAUUCCCCUCACUCCCAGCAGCCGACGACAGCGGUGAGUGGUGAAACCACCGAAGAACCAAUUCCGGCACCGGGCAUCACGUGGCGGCAUGUAGGCCCCCCCGCAGCACAGCGCGACCGCUUGGGAUCAGGACGACAGGCGGCAACUACGCAGAGCUCGACGGACUAUCACAGGGAAUCAAAGACAUACUACAAGAGUGGUACGACCGGGAAUGGCGGAGGGGCUCGCUUCAAGGCAGCACCCUUUGACCAGCAAAUGCAACCAGGAAAUUCAACAAGGAAUUAUCCGGGAGGAGGACCUGCAGUAGGCGGUGCUGUACCAACACCAGCAGCACCCCCGCCGGUAGCCGCAACAGCAACCGGAUCCAGAGAUCAGAAUCCGUCAAAUGCCAACCAGAGUCGCAACUAUCAAGGAUCGGCAACCAAUCAGCAUUCCAAGAGUCGUAGCCACGGAAAGAGAGGCGGCAAGAAUUCGCAGGGCAAAGAGCGCACCUCGAACUCCUCCGGGUCGCUGUCCGCCUCCUCCUCAAAGUCCCACCUGGACAGAGCUGCCAGCUCGAAUACCUCCAUAGCCCCGCCAAAGCAUCCCAAUCGCUCCUACCGCAACCGACUUCGCUACAUCAAUGGCAAUGAUUCGCCCGAGCGUAAGACGGUGCCCAUGGGUAUGGCAGUGCCUGUUGCCACUUUCCAACAGCAGCCACAGCCGUCUGCUGUGCGCAGGGCUGGCAAGUUUCAAGGAGCAAAUGCCUAUCACGGACAUGUGGUGGAAAGUGGCAAGCCAGUGGUCAGCCGGCAGCAGUCACGCUACUACCAAUCGCGAAACAUUGAUGCCUAUGUCUACCAGCCAGGACAAUAUAUGGUUUACGCUACAGGAGCGCCUCCGCUAGGACUCGGCGGAGUGCUACACCCGGGACAAGGGUGCGCUGGCAUAGCGAUGGGAGUAGGAGGAGGACCUAGGAUCGCUGGGAGUGCAAGUGGAAGGGGAAGUGGAGGUGUGGGAGGAGGGCAUACGGCCACGGCCAGCAGCGCCACCUCGGAGGGAGAGCAGCCGCUGGACUCGGACUUUGAUCAGCGCCAAGAUUAUGCUGACUUGGGUCUGGAUCCAGCCAAUGGCGGCUUCUCCUCCGACCUGGAGCCGCUUAGUUACAAGCAGGACACCUCAGAAAUGGACGUGCAUUCGUGUCCUCUAUCCCAUCCGUGUUCCGACAUUGAGGCAACCGACGGCCAGUCGAAUGACAGUGAGGCAAUCAGCACGGCACCCAGCCAGGACAGCGAUGCCACCGAAAGCGAUUUGAGCGGUGCAUCUGUGGAGUCGGUGGUGCGCAAGGUAAUGGUCAAUUGCCUAGCCUUUGCCACCGGGGCCGAGGUGCCCGAUCUCAACGGUCCGAACCUGGUGCCCUACGGCGAUAUGCAUUAUCUCAUGGAGCUGGGGUUCCAUUCUCAAGCAUCCAUGACUAAUGGCUACAGGACCUCCACGCAUCACCCACCGCCAAAUCCGGCGGUUCACCAACGUGUGAGAGGCAUGAGCUGCUGCGGCGACAUGUUGAGCCACUCGGCGGAAGAGGCGGGCUACAAAUUGGAGCAGGAUCAGCAGCAGCAACAGGAUGGCAAUGACGGAGGGAAAAGCCGCUACGAGGAAGCUGACUACAUUUCGGCAGAAUCCAGUCUCUCGGUCACUCCUUCCGCCUCCUCCAGCAAGAGUGCCGAGGCUCCGGUGUCCACCAGGGCCAAUAUCAUCAUGCCAAAGGAAUCCCUAGAGGAUGGACUUUCCCAUGACAUGAACAAUCGAUAUUGGCGCGAGUUCUUUGGUUAUACGCCAGCGGACCGCUUUCUGCUACGAGCCAAGCAGGUGGAGAUGAAGCGUCCGCCAAAAACAGUGCCCGGCAGCACCAAGUGGGAUUCCCUGUCCCUGUCCCUUUGGAGGAAGUUCCUGGAGGCCCAGCAGACCCGUCACAUUUACAAGACCAAGAUGCGCCUGUGGCGAUUCAUUUACACAGUGGCCAUGACGACCUAUCCAAGGUACGGCUUGUACCUGGUGGGCUCCUCGAUCUCCCACUUUGGUUCCAAGUUCUCGGACAUGGACAUCUGCAUGCUGGCCUGUACGAAUCCGAACAUUGAUCCCAGAAUGGAGGCCGUCUACCAUCUGCAACUGAUGAGGGAGCUGCUCAGCCGCACGAACGAGUUCCAGGACUUCAAUCUAAUCGAGGCCCGGGUGCCCAUUCUGCGCUUUACCGAUUGCCGCCACAAGGUGGAAGUCGACAUCAACUUUAAUAAUUCCGUUGGAAUCAGGAAUACCCAUCUCCUGUACUGCUAUUCCCAGCUGGAGUGGCGAGUGCGUCCGAUGGCCUUGGCUGUGAAACAGUGGGCCCAGUACCACGACAUCAACAAUGCCAAGAACAUGACCAUUUCCAGCUACUCGCUAAUGCUGAUGGUCAUCCAUUACCUGCAGGCCGGAGCCAGUCCGCCGGUUCUGCCUUGCCUGCACAAGCUGUAUCCGGAUAAGUUUGGCCUCCUCCUGCCCACCGACUUUGGCUACGUGGACAUGAACGAGGUGAUGAGUCCGUAUCCCUCGGACAAUACCCAGUCCCUGGGCGAUCUCCUGAUCGGAUUCCUGCACUACUACAGUGUUUUUGAGUACGGCAAGUACGCCAUCUCCAUACGCGUGGGCGGCGUCCUGCCCGUGGAAGUGUGCCGGGCAUCGAAGGCACCCAAGAACGACAUCCAUCAGUGGAACGAGCUGUGCAUCGAGGAGCCCUUCGACCAGACCAACACGGCCAGGUCCGUCUACGAUUCGACCACAUUCGAGCGCAUUAGGGCCAUCUUCCAGGCCAGCUACCGAAGGCUGGAAUCUACAAGGAACAUCAGCUCCAUUUUCGAGGACUACGAUGGGCCCACCAUUGUGAUGCAGCAGCCGUCCGCAGAUUCAGAGUGUGAUUUCUACGAGGGCCAGCAGCAUCAUCAGCAUCCAAUGACCAAUAGGCCGGUCUUCCGUUCUAAUAGUGAGUUUCCCUCGCCCCGCCCCUUGAAACUAAUGGUGGACAAGGCCACCACGGCCAUUUGGACUGAUAUCAAUAUGAAGACGGACCAGAAGGAACCCGAGGAGCACCAGUCCAAGGACAUGGGAGUGGACGAUGACUCUGUGGCCACCGAGCCACCGCUUGCUUAACAACUCCCACCACCAUUCGUAACAUAAAACACUAAACAACAAAAGUUCACACACCACUCUCAAAAACAAGUCAACAAGACAACAACAUUCAUUUAAACCCCAUCAGGACGUAAAAAAAAAUUGAGACGUUGUGAAAGUAAGUUUUUUAGUAGCAGUUGCCGGACGCGUUUACACCAAUUUAAAUUUGACGUUGGAUAAUUAUAUAUGCCUAGGGAAUUUAGUGAAAUGACCAAAUAAAAAAUUCACAAAGCAUCCAAGGCAAUGCAAAGUCGGUCGCAAAAAAAGCACUAAAAUCUGCAAAAAGGCAAAGAAAUAUUUUCACCUCGAAUCAAACGAACUACAACUAGUUUUUACCAGCUUCAAAGGCAAUUAAAUUGCUGAAAAAUCCUGAAAAAAAAACUUUAAAUUCAAAAUAAAAUCCCAAAAAAAUAUAUAUAAAAAUUAUAAAAUUCGAAAAAAAAAAAAGAAAGCAGCACUAGCGAUAGUUUAGUGAAAAUUUGUGAGGCAGGGCGAGAUACCCAGAAUAAUGCAGGGAUGUAGGCUUUUAUAGGAUGAAGGUUUACACUUUUAUACCUGCACAAAAAAAUCAAACAAAAACAGAAACAACACUCUAAAAAAAUAAAAUAAAUGGAAAAUCAAAGAAAAAACACUAAAACCCAAGAAAAUGCUCCACAAAAAAAGUACACAAUACAUUUUUGUAACAAAAUAAAUGUAAAAAUCGCGCUAAACAUCUACGCAAAAAUGCUUACGAGUUACGAUUGAGUUUUUAAAGCUCAAGCCAGAACUUAGAAUAAUGUUUGAUGAUAGCGCCAAAAAAAUGAUAUACAAAUAAAUAAAGCUAACACGGCA